AUGUUCUCGUCGUUCAUCUUCUCCGCUGGAGCCAUCUCGGCUAUCUUCCAGGCUCUCCCGGCCACCACCCUCGCCUUCCCCACCACCAACACUGACAGCAUCUCCAACUCCAAGUCCCCAUCAUCAAAAGAGGUACCCGAUUACCUCAACGUAACCAGCACCAGCACCAGCACCACCCUUCUCGAAGCCCGCAUGAAGACCAGCCAUAUGAUUACCGAUAUCGACUGCGACAACACCGGCAACGGCAACAGCAGGUGGGGAUACGCCGAAAGCAGGAAAGUCUGGGACGGCAUCCACCAUCUUCGGGGAGUAAAGGGCAAGCCCGCAAACGGAAUCGGGCCGGACAAUUGUGGACGCGUCAGCUGUAGUUGGAAGGCGGCAAUUUAUUGGUGUAAUGAUAACCCAAAAGCCGAGAACCAACUCGACUCCUACGCCGACAUAGCUUGGGCGGCCGAACAGAUCGAUGAUAAGUGUUCUUAUGCAGGGACGCAAAAAAACACGGGGACGCCGGAUAUGGUCAACAAUAAAGGUGCGUUGGUGAAGGGGGCCGUUCACAUGAAGGGGUUGUGGAGUGUGAUUGUUAGGAAUGAUGAUUGCUAG